AUGAGCACCCACGACCUGAUCAAGCCUUAUUCCCAUCUUUGCAACGGCGGGCGGCUCUUCGUGGGCGGUACCGACGUGGCGAAGGAGGACGAGUGGAGAGACGCCUUCACGGGAGAGGUGCUCGCCUUUCCGAAACGCGGGGAUCCUUUCUGGGGAUCCGGAGAGCCCAACGGAUGGCAAUUCCAGAACUGCCUGACGACCCUUGGCGUGUACGUGUCCGAUACGCAGUGCCUGAGGGAGAGCUGUUCGGUGUGUAGGAUCCCGAGCCAUCAGGUGUGGACGCUGAGGGGCAUCUGCGAGGAGGAGACGAGGCACUACUACUUCACCUCGUCGAAGGUCGGCCUCAACGAUACCACCUUCCAGGGCUACACGGGCUAUGUCAUCGACUCCACAAACGAGCUGUGGCUGUUUAGGGACGAAAUCAAAGGCGUUGUCAUGGCGACGCUCAACGCCACGGAGAACGAGCAUCCGGUCGGCAGGAGGCUCUGGAACUUCGAGCAGCCGCAGUGCGACGAGGAUCCGGGGCCGAGAUACCUGUCCCUGAUUUCUUGCCGCGACGGCGAGUACGCCUGCGACGACGGCUCCUGCAUCGCCAUGAGGCUGCGCUGCGACAUGAAGUACGACUGCCGCGACAAAAGCGACGAGGUCCGCUGCGCCAUCGUCGAAUUCGGUCCUCAGUACGAGCAGACCCUCCCGGCGCGCUCCCCUUUCAACCCCUCCGGCGUCCUCCUGCUCUCCGCCGACGUCCUCAUCGAGACCAUCAACAUCAUCUCGACCGACAUGAUCAUGGACGCCUCCUUCGUGCUGGCGCUGAGCUGGCUCGACAGCAGAGUCACCUACCAGAACCUGAAGGUGACGACCUCCCUCAACCUGAUCCCGUGGCACCUGGCGCAGAAGCUGUGGGCGCCCACCAUCCUCUUCACCAACACGGACGGAAACAUGAGGACGGUCGUCGACAUCGACUCGACGCUCUAUGUGGUUCGGGGCGACGGCGCCUUCCUGACGGACCUGACGAGACCGGACGUGGGUGCGUUGGAACUCUACCCUGGCGCGUCGACGAUUCUAUCCAUGUCAAGGAAAUACAGCAUCCAGUUCAAGUGCCAUUUUGACCUGACCCUCUAUCCGUUCGACUCCCAACAUUGCUACAUGAAGCUCAGGAUUUCUGGUUCGACGUCUGACUAUAUCGGCUUCAAUCACAAUUCGACCGCCAGAUAUAACGGAUCAGAGUGUGAUCUACCACACGCAAAAUUCUCGUGA